UCCAUGCCCAGCUCUGGCCGAGGGCAGGUGGAGACUGGGCCCGACUGCCCCGCCAUGAGAGGGUUCCUCCUGCUGCUGUGGGCGGCUCUGGUGGGCGCCACCAAAGAGGGCCACCUGCAAUGCUCCCACUGCCUGGCCACCAACAGCACCUCCGCCUGCAAGCCCGUCAUGUGCACCCCGCCCAACAUCCUGUGCUUCUCCCAUGAGGUCAUCUUCACGUGGGGCUCCGAGCAACGCACCAGGGUCACCCGGGGCUGCACCAGCACCUGCGCCUUCAAGAGCCCCCCCGAGUGGGACCUGCUGACCCCCAACAUGGUGGUGCUGGCCAAGGCCCUCUGCUGCUCUAAGAGCCUGUGCAACACAGGGGCCCCCGGGGGCCUCAGCGCCAGGACCUGGCACCGGGGGCUCCUGCUGGGCAUGGGGCUCGGCCUGCACCAUCUGCUGUGACGACCCCUCCCCUUCCUGCCCCCUAGCCCCCUGGGUGUGCACUGGGGGGCUGGCCUGUACUCUCUGAGUGAGGUUCCCGGUGGGGGAGGCGCAGACUCACAGCCUCCCCUGGUGUGACGGCCCU